UAUUUUUGUCAAUGUCAUUAGUUUUUGAGUUUGUCAAAUUGUACGUUGUUACAACUCUUCGUGGAUUGAAAUUAUCUACUAAAUUCUGUUUAUUAAAUUAAAAAUUAACAGUAAAAAUGCCGCGGGACUCUAUGGCUAGUAGUAAACAUACGGAUCCAGCCGAUGAUCUUCUGGACAAAUACAGUCCAUUGAAGGUCGCCAAGAUUUUUCCUACUAACUACAAGAGAAAACCUUUGAUUAUAGACAGUUUUAGGCCAAAAGAAAACCAAUGUUUGGACUACUAUCUUUCCGAAACAAACGUCAGGUGGAAUAUUGGAGAUACCAAAGUACGUGCAAAGCAGAUUAUUGGCGAUUAUGUUUUGGCUCCUCCGGGUUACAUAGCUAAAAAGAAACCCGUCUACGGAUCAGGAGGUCCACCUUGUUGGAAGUGGCUAGAUGAAAUAUGGCGAGAAAAGAUAGAAAGACAACAAGCUAUAUACAAAGACAUGUUUGCUGAAUAUGUGAAAAAUAGACGAACAAAAGUAAUUAAAGAUAAAUCCAACAUGUACAAUUUUAAGUUCAAGCUAGAUUGUCCACUCUGGUAUCAAGAAUUGUCCUUCAGGCAGAUGGCAGUAGCAGAAAAUCUACAAUGGUGUAUAAAUACGGAUCUUCACUUCAAUAUAAUAGAUAACACCAAAGAUAAUCUGGCCCGAUUAGGUCUGAUGCUCAGAGCGAAUUCAAAAGGCAUAAAAAUUGCCCUAAAAUAUUGUUGCGGUAGUGAUGUAGAAUUUUUAUUGGUGUUGUAUCAGAUAUCUAACCCAAACAGAACAGAUUAUUCAAUAAAUGACAGAUUGCUGCUUUCCGCAGUGUAUCAUCUGUGUAUUACUGAAACUUUGAGGGAACUGCACGUAAGGAUUCCUUCACCUCCAAGAGAAGGAAAGAAGAAAGUUAUAGAACUACCGAAAAGACCAAAGAGGCAGAAAUUCGACUCACCUUAUUUGGAACCUUUCACUUAUGUACGCCCUCCUCCAAAGAAUACCGGAAUUUAUAAAAAGAACUUAAUCCAAUACCCUGAAAGUCCAUAUUUUUUUUAUUUGGGAGACUUGUACGAGGAAAUAGAAAACAGUCAAGAUCCAAGAGAAAUUGAUAUAAGCGAGAUAGAAGAUCCAGUUAUACUGGAAAUAAUAGAAGAAAUGAGAAAAGCUCAAAUAAUGUAUAGCAGGCUACCGCACAAAACCUCUAGGAAUAUAGUGGCCCCCACCGUCAAAGAUCGUUGUAAAGAUAUAGACGAAUUCCUCAGAAGAUCCAAGAAAAGCGUAGUGCCAUCGGAACCAGAACCCACCGAACCCUGUUUACCACCUUUAGCAGAAUUACCUCCUGACGAAGAGGAACCAUGUAUAUGCGACGAACCGGGUGCGGGGGAAAAGUCGGAUGAUCAGGAACCGUCGGAGCCAGAUGAGAUAGAACCAAUAUGCUUGCCUCAGAAUAUUCCUUGUGGAGAAUGUCCAGAAGAAGAAUGUGAUUGCAAGGCGCUAGCACUAACACAUAUGAAAUCGUUCUGCAAGAGAUGCAUUAUGAAAAAGAGGUACAAGCAAAGAAUAGUAAUGAAUGGUUGUAGAUGUAUGGAGGAUGGAACUGUGGUACCUAUAAUCGGUGGAUUUUAUAAAGAGAAGGAAUGUUUGUGCUUGCAGAGAUAUCAGUCCAGGUGGCAAAUAUUAGAUAAAGCUCAGAAGAUGGAAACUGAGAAGGUUAAAUUUAGCAUAUCUGGAAUUUGUUAUACGCCAGCUGGUGCUUUCUUUAUCGUGCAGUCUGUUGUACCUCUAGAUGGACGCAAAGGUGGAAUGGACGAUGAGUUUAAACCGUGCAGUCAAGCAAUUUGCAUUUGCGAAGAAUUAGAAAGAAUGCGCCCCAAAACUUUAAAGGAGGUUCCGAUUCCAGAACUUCGUCCUUCUCCAGUCAUGCCUUGGGAAUUAACUCAUUGCACUUGCAAAGAAGAAUUACAGAAGUUUUUAUCAUUGCAGUGUCAUUGUCCGGAUUGCGAAGAACAGCAAAGACUAGCCAAUCCGGAUAUGAUUCUUGGCGGUACCAAACAAAUUAUUUGUAAAGAUUCUGGUGGCGGUAUGGGAGAAUACGCAGUUAGUAUUCCGAUAGUCCAAGGUGUACAGGAACUUCAUUGUGAGUGCCUUGAAAAAUAUAGAGAGCAUCUUAAGAAAUUGGAAGAAUAUAAGCAGAGGGUGAAAGCAAGAAUUGUUUUAAAAGCACGGGAACAUAAAUACGCUAUAGGUGGCGUCACUCAAACCAAAGACGGACCCGUUUAUCAAAUACAAGGCUUACGAACUCCUUUGAAAUGCAUUUGCGAAGAAGUUGAUAAUGAAAUGCGAGAAGAAGAAGCACAGAGGAAAAGAAUGCCCAAUAUGCCCCCCACUGGAAGAACGAAAUACGCAAUCGGUGGCGUUUAUGCCGGCACAUGUGCAGCGGAUGCGGGUAUACCGGAGGGUGAAAACUUAUUUAUUUUAUCGUCUGCUUUAGGCGACAAACCUUGCAAAUGUCACAAAUUAUAUGAGGUUUUCGAAGAAGAACACAAAAAUUGCAUGGACUAUUUUGAGGAAUAUAUGAAAAAAACAAUGGAUGACAUUUUAGCUGUAAAAAUGGAAGAGGCUAAGAAGAGAGAAAGGCAACGAAAGAAAGAAGCCAAAUUAAAGGCUCUAGAACCUCCGGAACCACCAGAACCAGAAGAGCCAGUAGAUUAUUGUGUGGAUCCAUGUCCAGCUUGUCAACCAGUGUGUCCUUGCGUUGAAAAACCAGAUAAUUUUGAUAAUAUUUCAUCGUUCAGAAGGGAAUCAGACGAAUCGACUGGUUCAGAUCUGUUUUCUGUUGGAUCUAACACGUGCACCUGUGCAAUAGAAAAAGCUGAUGAAGAGAGAUUAAAAAAAAUGGUACCAUGUGAACCAUGUAACGAAGCACCAUUCAAUGUACUUAGUAAUAUAAUUACUAAAAAGUCAAAACAAGUUCGUCUUUUACCGUUGCCAAUAAUUCCUAUCAGUGUGAGAAAGGCUAACAAAUUAACAUGGAAUGAUGCAAGUUACGUGAAGGCAAUGGACCGUCUUCAGGUUCCAACUUUUUGUGACAGAAGUCAUGAUAAUUGAAUGAAAUGCUACCUCCCUGGCAAAGUUUUAACAGGCCGUUCAGUUUUUUUCGGUCUAUUUUCGGUUGGACGCAGUACAAUCUUGGUACAUCUACGACAAAUACACUUCGUCGCCGUCUACGCUGAAUAUUUAAUGACUUAAACUGCUGCAACCAUUUGCUUCCCACGUGACAGCUUCAUUGCUCAC